AUGCCAGCUCUUCCAACAUUUGAUUGCAAGCUUAUUACAGGCGUUGUUUACGCUGCCACAGCCAUUGGGCUGUUCAAGCUUGCCUCAAUGACGUACAGCUUCCUCUCGCUCAUCACAAGCCUAUUCCUUCUCCCUCCUGUUGACUUCAAGGUUUACGGAGCGAAAAAGGGCGCAUGGGCUGUCGUCACCGGAGCAUCCGAAGGUAUCGGACAGGAGUUUGCCAAGCAGCUUGCUUCCAGGGGCCUAAACAUUGUCUUGAUUUCGAGGACCCAGUCUAAGCUGGAGCAGAUCGCCACAGACAUCGAGACGAAGUACAAGGUGCAGACCAAGGUGGUUGCUGCCGAUUGUUCGAAAAACACCCCUGAACUGUAUGCCCUGCUCUCCAGGGCGAUUGAGGAACUGCCUGUGUCGGUGCUGAUCAACAACGUCGGCCGCUCGCAUGAAGGCCCUGUUCCUCUCGUUGAGACACCCGACGAGGAAGUGGAGAACAUCUUGACCAUCAACAACCUAUUUCUGGUCAAGAUGACCAAACUUUGCAUUCCUGUCAUUGACAAGGCGAUUGCAUCCAAGAAGGCCAGCAGGGGUCUCAUUGUGAACGUUGGAUCGUUCGCCGGUCUUUUUCCAACCCCGUACCUCGCCACUUACUCUGGAUCGAAGUCGUUCUUGCAAAACUUCUCUCAGGCCUUGUCUGUUGAGCUCAAGAGCCAGAAGAUCGACGUCGAGCUGGUUCUGGCCUACUUCGUCACUACUGCUCUGUCGGCCAUCAGAAGAAGCUCGUUCUUUAUUCCGACUCCGAAAGACUUUGUGGCUGCAACUUUGAGGAACAUGGGCAGAAGAGGCGGAGCUCAGGACAGAUUUGCCACUAGCUCUCCGUACCCCUCCCAUGCCUUGCUGCAAUACGUUGCACACAAUACCGUGGGUGUGUAUUCCGAGCUCCUUGCCAACGCUACCUUCAAGGCAAUGAAGGCCACGAGAGCCAAGAGGCUGAAGAAGCUACAAAGGCAAAAAGAGGCAAAGGCAGAGUGA